AUGGUGGUUUGUUUUGAAAUAGGCCAUGAUAAUUACAGGAGGAAAAUGGCUCAAGCUACCGCACCAGCAGCAUCCAUCCAUGAUGAGGAAUCCUUAGAAAGCAGAAUGGUGGUUAAAUUCCUCAUGUCAGGACUUGAGUCAAUGUGUAAAGAACUUACCAAGUCCAAGGCAGAAGUUGCCUGUAUUGCUCUGUAUGAAACAGAUGUGUUUGUAGUUGGAACUGAAAAAGGAAGAGCCUUUGUCGACUCUAGGAAAGAUUUUCAGAAGGAUUUUGUUACAUACUGUGUUACAGAAGAGGACAGGGCUGCAGAACUGCAGAAAACGAAGACUACACCAGCUGAAACAGGGGUAAACAAUCUCACAGGGGAUGUUGUAGACCUGGAGACUCUUAGAAAGUCUGUGGAGGACUUUUUCUCCUUUUGCUAUGGUGAAGCUUUAGGAAAGUCAACGAUGGUACCUGUGCCAUAUGAGAAGAUUCAGAGGGACCAGUCUGCUGUGAUAGUACAGGGCCUGCCCAAAGGACUUGCAUUUAAAAAUCCAGCAAAUUACGAUGUUUCAACCCUGAAAUGGAUUUUGGAAAACAAGUCAGGGAUCUCGUUUAUUAUCAAAAGGCCUUUCCUAGAACCAGAGGAACACAUAGGAGCUCAUAUGACAGAUGCUUCACAUUCAGUUAUACCUCUGGGUGGAAGUUGUCCUCCUAUUAAAGUGAAAAUGGAGCCAAGCGGAGAUUCUGGAAUUUCUUCGGAAACGGCAACAGUACCAGUGAAGGGGGAAUCAGAUGACCCUGACUACUGUAGAUUUAAUAUCCCAGCAGGCCCUUCCAAGACAUCAGACAUGGAUGAAAAAUCUGGUCUUGCAAAAAGUUACACAGCUUCCUCCCAGCAUGACUCGUCAGAAACACGUGAGAAUCCUGAGGUCGAGGUCACUCUUGAAGAUGAUGAUGACUAUCUGCCCCAUAACGAGAGACCAAAAAGUGCCCAGUCAACUAAUGGAGCUGACAAUUCUGGGAGAAGAAAAGCGGAAGAGUGCAAUGUUGCUUCCUCCCAGCAUGACUCGUCAGAAACAAGUGAGGAUUCUGAGGUUGAGUUCUCCAAUGAAGAAGAUGAUGAUGACUAUCUGCCCCCUAACAAGCGACCGAAACGCACUAGGUCAACUAUUGGAGCUGGCAAUUCAGGGAGAAGAAAAGUGGAAAAGUGCAAUGUUGCUUCCUCCCAGCAUGACUCAUCAGAAACAAGUGAGGAUCCUGAGGUUGAGGUCACUCUUGAAGAUGAUGACGACUACCUACCCUGUAAGGAGAGACCGAAACGCACUAGGUCAACUAAUGGAGCUGACAAUUCUGGGAGAAGAAAAGCGGAAGAGUGCAAUGUUGCUUCCUCCCAGCAUGACUCGUCAGAAACACGUGAGAAUCCUGAGGUCGAGGUCACUCUUGAAGAUGAUGAUGACUAUCUGCCCCAUAACGAGAGACCAAAAAGUGCCCAGUCAACUAAUGGAGCUGACAAUUCUGGGAGAAGAAAAGCGGAAGAGUGCAAUGUUGCUUCCUCCCAGCAUGACUCGUCAGAAACAAGUGAGGAUUCUGAGGUUGAGUUCUCCAAUGAAGAAGAUGAUGAUGACUAUAUGCCCUCAUAUAAGAGACGAAAAAGGACCAAGUCGACUAAUGAAGCUGGCAAUUCUGAGAGAAGAAAAGUUGGAGAAUUCAAUUUUGAGAAAUGGAAUGCACGAAUUACAGACUUGAGAAAGCAAGUUGAAGAGCUGUUUGAAAAAAAAUACGCUGAAGCUAUAAAAGCAAAAGGUCGAGUGUCUAUCCCAUACUCACUCUUCCAGUCAACUGCAGAAGACUUACAAGUGGAAGGGCUGCCAGAAGGUGUCCCCUUCAGGCGUCCAUCCACGUACGGCAUUCCCCGGCUGGAGAGGAUACUUCUAGCAAAGGAGAGGAUUAAAUUUGUGAUUAAAAGGGAGGAACUUCUGAAUUCAACAGAUGUUCCACUGGACAAAACAGCUAAAGGAGUCUCAAAUACAGGAAAAGAGGAGUGGCAUACCAAAGUCACCAAACUGAGAAAGAUGGUAGAUCAACUCUUCUGUAAAAAGUUUGCCAAGGCCUUGGGGAGCAGUGAGCCCAAAGUUGUUCCAUACAAGAAAUUUGAAGCUCAUCCAACUGACCUCUAUGUUGAAGGGCUGCCAGAAAACAUCCCUUUUAGGAGUCCCUCCUGGUAUGGAAUCCCUUGCCUUGAACAAAUAAUUCAAGUGGGCAAGAGAAUAAAAUUUGUGAUCAAAAAACCAGAGCUGCUAACUCUCACUUCAACCGAAAUUAUUCAGCCCAGGUUGAACCCAAGAGAGAGAGAAGAUUGGAAUGCCAAGAUCACAAACCUAAGAAACCAAGUAGAAGAGUUAUUUAGUAAGAAAUUUGGCCAAGCUCUGGGGAUUUCAGAGAUAGUGAAAGUUCCCUACGCUAUAUUUGAGUCAAAUCCUGCACAGUUGUGCGUUGAAGGCUUGCCAGAUGGAAUCCCCUUCCGGAGUCCCACAUGGUUUGGAAUUCCACGCCUUGAAAGAAUUAUCCGUGCGAGUGACAAAAUCAAAUUUGUUAUUAAAAAGCCUGAGCUUCUCAAUUCCUAUUUGUCUCGAAAACUGGCUAAUAAAAAAUACACAAAAGCAACGAGUCCAGGGAGUUCCAAAAGGUCGCGAAGUCCUGCACGCAAUUCAAAUGUCCCAGAGAUUGAAGUUACUGUUGAUGGAAGUCCUGAUAAAACACAAACAACAAGGACUCAAACUAAUUCUCAAACCAAUGGCUCCAGUAUAAAUUUCAAGCUACAAGGAAAAGACUUCUCUUUUCAGGCAUGGAAUGCCAAAAUUAGUGACUUAAAGCAGAGAGUCGAAGAUCUUUUUAAUGAAAAAUGUGGGGAAGCGCUAGGACUCAGUAAACCAGUGAAGGUGCCAUUUUCACUGUUUGAAUCCUUCCCGGACGUUUUCUACGUGGAAGGACUACCUGAGGGGGUACCUUUCCGCCAACCUUCAACUUUUGGAAUUCCAAGACUAGAGAAGAUCCUGAGAAACAAAUCUAAAAUAAAAUUCAUUAUUAAAAAGCCUGAGAUGUUGGAGGCAGCUGUUAAAGAAAGUUCUGCUAGAAACCCCUCAAAUGACAGUGAGCGACCGUCAAAAGUAGAAAAGACCAGACAAUUGAGAGAGCAAGUAAAUGAUCUUUUUAGCCAGAAAUUUGGUGAAGCCACUGGUAUGAAUUUUCCUGUGAAAGUUCCAUACAGAAAAAUCACUACCAACCCUGGGUGUGUGGUGGUGGAGGGGUUGCCUCCCGGCGUGGUGUUUAAAGCGCCCAGUUAUCUGGAAAUCAGCUCGAUGGAGAAGAUUUUGGAAUCAGCAGAACUUAUCAAGUUUACUGUCAUUCGACCGUUUCCAGGACUUGUGAUUAACAAUCAUCUGAUGGAAAAAGCUGAAGCAGAAGCAUCACCAACAGCAACAGCCCCAGGACUACCAGAGCCAGCUGAAACAAGCGGAAUAGAAGUAUCUCUAGGAGAUAACACAGAAAAAGAAGAAAAUUCUCAAAUAAAACAAGAACCACACCCAAUAAAGCAAGAACCACACCCAAUGUCGUAGACAUCACCAAUACCAGAAGCAUCCGGUUCUGAGAAGAGCCUGCUGGGCCUGUCUAGAGCUGUGUAAUAUAACUGUAUAAGAAAAGUAUCUUCAAUUCAAACCCUUUUGUAUAAGAGAAAUACCUUCUAUACAAACCCUUUUGUAUUUUUAAAUAUAAAUGUGUACUUUUUCAGCAGUUCUGUGAAUUGACUUAAAGCAAAAAAUGACUGUAGAUUUGGAAUGGCUGGUUUUACUUUGGAAUAUAUUUUAAGAACUAAAUAUGAUGCAGCAAUGCUGGGGAGAUGAUAGGUAUUAAAAUGAUUAUGGACUUAGCUGAGGCUGUCUACAUUUCCCAAUACAGCUAAAUUUCACCAUACCUGAAUGCAUCUCAGCUUUUUUAAUGAGGAAAAAUUUCUGUAAAGAGUUCACUUUUUUUACUUUGGAAGAAAAAAAAAAUCAUUCAUUUUCAGUUACUAUUUUAAUGGUUGAUUGGACAAUAGUAUCUGCAUAUUUGAACUAAUUUUUCCUGUCAUACCUGUCACAAUUUAUAUGUUUUUCCUAAAUAAAAGAUAAACUGUUUCAUUUG